GACAAAAGGAGGGAGAGGAAGUUUGUGAGUGAUCGAUUUUGCGCCGGCCCUGUAAACUUUUCAACGGCAUUUCUCUUUGUUUGCAAUAAAACGUGUGAUUUAAUAACAAAACAUCCAACUAACCAAAACGUUUUUAUAAAAUGGCGAACACGUUUCGCGGCGUGACGGUGUCGACCGUCAACAGCGAUGGCGUUCUGACGCCUCGAUUCAAUUUCCCGACGAACGUAAACGUGGACUACGACCCGCAAGGGCUGAGUGUGAAAGUGAUACGUGCUGAUCCUGUGCUCGCGCAGGAGGUGCUGGAGUUUCCUGUUCAUAGCCAGAGUGAGUGUUCCCGCGUGGCCGGACAGUCAUACAUAUUUACGAUAGACAAUGAAACGCUAUUUUUCAAAUUGGCAUCCGACGCAGACUGCCAGAGUUUCCAUCUGCUCGUCAGCAAAGUCAAGGCGGGCAGGUCGUCCUCAGUUUUCACGGUCAGGACCGAAGACUCGUCGGCGAUGCAGUACUUCCAGUUUUAUGGUUACCUGAGUCAGCAACAGAACAUGAUGCAGGACUAUGUCAGAACGAGUACAUAUCAGCGCGCCAUAUUGUCUAAUGUGAACGAUUUCAAAAACAAAGUGGUCUUGGAUGUUGGGGCAGGCUCCGGGAUACUUUCGUUUUUCGCGGCCCAGGCAGGCGCUCGGAAGGUUUACGCAGUAGAAGCCAGCAACAUGGCGCAUCACGCACAGGCCCUAGUCAGAGCGAACAGUUUACAUGAUCGUAUCACAGUCAUAGCGGGUAAAAUUGAAGAAAUUGAAUUACCAGAAAGUGUUGAUAUAAUUAUCUCUGAACCGAUGGGUUACAUGUUGUACAAUGAACGUAUGUUAGAGACAUAUUUACAUGCGAAGAAAUGGCUAAAACCGAAUGGUAAUAUGUAUCCAACGAGAGGUGAUCUCCAUAUAGCACCAUUCACUGAUGAUGCAUUAUUCAUGGAACAAUAUAAUAAGGCUAAUUUUUGGUAUCAAGUGUGCUUCCACGGGGUAGACCUGAGUGCAUUACGCACAGCUGCUAUGAAAGAGUACUUUAGACAGCCUAUAGUUGACACAUUUGAUGUACGCAUAUGCAUGUCUCGGUCUGUUAGACACGUUGUUGACUUCUUAAAUGCUCAUGAAACUGACUUACAUCGUAUAGAGGUACCCUUUAGAUUUGAACUAACCCAGUCUGGUACUUGUCACGGAUUAGCUUUCUGGUUUGAUGUUUUAUUUGCUGGGGGAACACAACACAUAUGGUUAUCGACUGCACCAACGGAACCUUUAACGCAUUGGUAUCAAGUGCGGUGUUUGCUUGAGACACCUAUAUUUGCUAAACAAGGUCAAGCUCUUACAGGUCGAGUGCUUUUGUUGGCAAACAAGCGCCAGAGCUAUGAUGUGACAAUGGAAGUGAACUUAGAAGGUACAAAUAUAUCUUCAUCAAACACAUUGGAUUUGAAGAAUCCUUACUUUAGGUACACAGGUGCUCCAGCAGCACCUCCGCCCGGAGUCAACAGCACAUCCCCAAGUGAAAACUACUGGAACUCUAUUGACACAACAACAUCUAUCAGCAACGGUCAGGUUAUCCUAACAGAUGGCACCCAACAAUACUGUUCAACUCCAGAUCAAACUCUUUCAUAUGGAGCCCAUCCGAAUAUGAUCAAAACAGUGAUGCUUCAAGAAGAAUUCAUCAAGAGAAUCGGGAUCAGUCAGAACGGGGACAUAUAAUCCGCGAGGUUGCGCCGUGCGCGCCUUAGAGCUAUUAGAAACCGUCGUAAUCGGUUGUGAACAAUAAACAACUCAAUAGUGUGUAAGUGAACUAUUUAUUUCGACAUCACAGUGCUGAAAUCAUGACUGCGGAGCGUAUUUGAAGUGAAAACUGCAAUCGGUGGUCCCUAUGUAGACAUUUGAAUGCAUAAGAAAUGAACAAAGUCGGACAGAAUUACAAAAAAAAUUUGGAGGACUGUGGAUACAUUUUUAAUACUUUUUUCUAAAUACUUUUCUUUUACUAUACUAGUAAUUAAACACAAAAUUUUCAGGCAUGAUACAAAAAACGUUAUUUUGUAAUUUCAAUACCGUACAUAGGGUCCAUUGGAAUUUUAACUUGCAUCGUAAUUUUUUAGUAGUUUUGUUACAUUUUAAUAAACAUUUAGAAUAGAUAGAAGAGCUUUGAAACUUUUUAAUUCGAGCUCUGGAAAUUUAAGGAAAUGUGUAUGUAAUAUUAAGACAUUGUUGCAUCAGACUUAGCACAUGAACAGACAAAUGUAUUUCACUUAUUAAAAUGCUAAAAACACAUUUGCAUGUUCUAUUGGUCAUAUAUAUGUCCAUGGUAGUCUAUAAAGAAAUUGUUAAAUUAGUUAAUAAUAGUAACAUUUUCUGAAUGAAAAAAUGUUUUUUGUCUGAUCUUCUCAAUUGUAUAAAUAAAAUUCAACUAAAUAUUGAUGUACAACUCAAAAUCAAGAUUGCGUUGAAUGUGUUAAUAGGGUAUUUUGGGUGUAUUGGCAACAUUCCCAAAAAUGAAAGGGGGCAAUGAAGUUCAUUUUUCACAUGAUGACACUUAAAAUAUGUUUACAUUUUUUUUAUUGAAACAUGUACCGUAAUUUAGCACCACAUGUAAAUGUCAAAAUGUCAAUUGAUAUGCAACUGGCACUCGGAGUCAACGGACACGUAAAUUGCUUUUUCAUCCAAACACUAAAAUGACCGGUGACCUUAUUCAUAAUAAGUUAUCACAGCUUUAUCAAUUUGCCAUAAGAAGUCUGUCAAUCAUGAGAUUUGUGUUUUUAUUGUGAAAGAAACUUUGUAAUAGUCUUCUUAUAUCAGAUUGGUUAAGCUCCAGUAAGAGAUUAUGAAUAAGUAACUUAAAUUAAAGUUGUUAUUCUGUUAUGCUCCGGAAAGAAUACCAUUGUUAUUUCGAUUUCGAGAUUGUUACUUUUACACCCUCUAUUUGAGGGUAACAAAUAAUGAGCAUCUGUGAGUACAAGCAAAAAACGAUAGGUUUUUGGAAGCUGUAUCACAAUGAUAUCACACGGUGUAUCACGAUAAGCAGACAUAAAAUAUUUUUUCAUAAGAAGACUGAACAAAAGUGAUAAACAAAAAUGUGUCCAAUACACAUUUUGGAUAUCAGAAUCGCAAGCAAUAAUCGAUGUAUAGUUAAUUUCUAAUCAUAAUUAUUAUCUAUACUAAUAAUACUUAUGUAAAUAAAUUAGAAACUCUCGUGACAAAACUACUCAAAAAGCAUAAUAUUAAGUACAAGAUUUAUAAUUCAUAUAUUUAGAUAAGAGUAAAUAGUUUUUUUUUUUCAGUCAGGAAAGAUAAGAAAUUAAUUAUAACUCAUGUUUAUUUUUGUAUGUAAUCACUUUAAAUGAUUUGCAACUCCCAAUACCUUUGAAAGAUAAAAUAUAUUUGGCAAUCAAUUUGCAAACGUCAUGUUGUCUGUAGGUAUUUUAGCACUUACCUUCUGGUAAGGUGCCCUGCCUAGAUCUGCAAUUAAGCAGUCAAUGUCCUUGGGCAAGACAUUUUGAAACUAUAUUCAGUAGGCUAUAUUCUGAAGUCGAUUCUUUAUCUGGAAUAUCGGAAGACCAAAGAUUGUCGACAUUCGCGAAACCUCGAAUCUAUCCACGUUUUAUUUUAACGCGUUCUGAUACUGGCUACUCCUCCUCCUUCCGUUGAUAAUCCCGAGUGGUCGUGGCCUCAUGAGGCUUUCUUGGGAAAAUAGACAUGGUGGGGUCCCGCAUCCUUCCACGGCAGUGCUUUUGGAAGAGCUUUAGUUCUUCGAGGCCGUUGAAGCCUUAUUUGGGUCCGGCUAAUUAACCGCCGGCCGACAUUCGGCGUUCUCUUCUACGGUGGAAAGGCCGAACUUCAACUCAACCCUCCUCUUCGGGCCUUUGGGACCGGCAUUGGCAGAGUUAAACAGCGAAUAGCUAAUAAAAAUUCUAUUUCAGAAACGAAUUUCUAAACUGGGGAAAAUUUUAAUAGGAUUGGAUAUACUGGAUUUAUUUUUUAUUGAUUGAUUGAUUGAUUAUAAUUACUAACGAAAUGUAGUAAUACAUUUUAACGUUGUAUAUUAGUUUCAUCUUUAAAGGUAUUGUGAUCGGCGAGUCAGUUUCGGUAUUAGAUUGAUUCCAAUUGUAUUCAACACAAAAAUGAAGGUAGCCACUAAUUGAAGAGGAAUCAUGGUUGGCUAUCUAUCUAAAUUUUGUUCGCUUUGUAAUUAUAAUGAAGCUUUAUAAAUCUUUUACCUUAUAUUGUGCGAAAUUACUCUAGGGUAAUAAACUUAGUGUAAGAUAAAAGUGCUGAAUUUACAAUAGUGAUUAUCGCUUCAUUAUCGAAUGAAUACUCACGAAAAUACAGACUUGAUGAUUUACAGCAACGUACCGUUUAGAUCAGACCGAUCGUAUUUAGGAGAAAAAUACUUUAGCCCUCCCAAAGGGACGUGAACGUGAAUCUAUUCAUGAUUUCGUCUUUAAUGACAUAAUUUUUUUUUUUCAAUCUUCAAAUCAUAAGUGCUUUGAUCUCAAAAUAACUUUGAAUAAAAUUUCUUUGACAAAAGUAUAUUUUUGACUUAUUAUUUCGUUUUGACCUUUGUUUUCUUAUGAAUGUCCCUUGCAUGAAUCCUUUCGCCGCCCUUUGGGAGUGACGUGCUUCGUAUUAUUAUUUUUUAUACAACAAACGCAAAAAUCACAAUUUUUUAAUAAUUAUGUAUAUAUAGAUAAUAAAUCAUGCAUAUUAUUUUAUUAUGAUUACUGACGAAACAGUAUUGUCCUCGAUAGCGAACGUUUAAUGUAGUUUAUAGAACUCUCUUGAGACUUCUAGAGAGUUCCCUGGUGCAUUAUUUUGUAUGAUUAUGGCGAUAACUGACAGACAUUGCGUUUACGUCAUUUGAACAUGGAAAUUGUUAAGUUCCUUACGACUAGUUUACAUAGAUCGUCAAAGAAUUGUAGAGCGCAUUCUAAAUUUAAAAAAAAAAGCCUCCGAGCAAUUACAUACAUCCGUCCUCUUGUUCAUUGGAAGGCGCUUAAAAAAUUAGAUACCACAUUUCAGAUCAGUAUUUUAAAUACAAUAUUCUAAAUAGUUUUCUUUUUAAUACGAGCAAGGAAAUAAACAAUUUUCCCAACAACAGAGAGACCACAAAUGUCAAUGUUCAAAGGCAGAGAUGAAAACGUAAAAAUCCUAAAACUUUGGUGCUGAAUUCCUUUUGUGAUUAAAUUAUAACAAGACUACCUCAUAAUUGGGCAGACAUUGGGCUUUGAAAAAUAAAUUAUGCAUGAAGCUAUAGCAUGAAAAGAGUUGCCAUAUAAAAGUAAUCGUUCAGCAUAACGGAAGGUUACCAUUUUGAAAAAUUAUAUUUUGUUGUAGGCUUGAUUGAAAGUUUUCGUAUCGGCACAUGCCCGAAAGUGCUUGUGUUACAUAAAGUAAAUGAAAUAUAAACUGAACGAAAAUUAAUCAAUGGUUUUUUUUUUUCUGAAAGAAGUCAUUGCCAGCAAUUUAAUUCGACACCUUUCGGAAUUCGAACACUUGUAAUCCACAAUAAUCUUGAUGUUAGGUAUUAAUGAAGGCGUUGUCCUAAAAAGUUUCGAGGGUCGUUUUAUUAAUGCGAAGUUUUGUAAACGAAAUUUAAUAGUGGUUAAGAUUGAUGAAAAUGCCUAAUGCUAUCGAAAAACUAACUGCUGCGGUUGAUAAUUCAUAAAAGAUACCGAUUUAGCAGUUUGGACACUAGGAAGGCCGAUAUUAGCCUCGUCGCGUUUAUGACAGGGGCUUGGUGUGAUUUAAUAAGACUUACUUAUCCAAGUCACGACAUCCCUAGUAUCGCCAAAUGUUGAAAUUUUUGAUACAGCGCCACGCCAACCGCCACAUGAUGUACAUUAUCGCCAUGAGUCGCGCAGUAGUGAUGUGGCUUGGUAUAUUAUCGCCACACAUAUGCAAUACCAGUUAAAUAUUAUCUAUUCCUCUCAGUCUAGAAUUCGAAGGUGUGUCGAAUUGAUUAUGGGCAUAAAAUUUGAGAACACAAUGAAAACUGAAAAGUCGUAAUUUUUAUCUGGCUGCAUGUCAAAAGCCUAUUUGUGCUUUUCUUAAAAACUGUCAAAGUAAGUCUUGCCAUUAUUAACUAAUGUUUUAAAAAUUAUGGCAGCUCAAAAGAAAUUAUGGCGAAGCCAAUCACACUUGCCAUUUUAGGGUUUAAAUAUGUUCAAAAAUUUCCUUAUGACAUUUGAGUCGGUUGGUUUCUAAGGCGGUGGAAUAUGUCCAUUUGGAAAUGCGGUAAAACUUUUUCUCUAGUUCAAUGUAUUACUGUUUUGAAUUAG